UAAUAUGACUACGAGCCAUACUCCUGAACCAAAAGAAGUAGAAGACUAUCAGGAAGACGGAGAAAUACUGGACGAUGAUGAUGAUGUACCAACGGAAAUUCCAAAUAUAACUUCUGAAUUUUUGGUGAAUUAUCCCUCAUCGGAAGACGAAAAAUCUCCUGAAGACGUUAUCAAAGCCUACAAGAGGAAAAUUGAAAAUCAAAAGAAUGUGGAAAACGAGGAAUCUGUAAUCCCCGCUAUUGAUCCAAAAUUAUGUAAAGUUUGUUUGAAAAACGAGCACAAGUACAAAUGCCCAAGAUGUGAAAUGCGGACAUGUUCACUGGAUUGUUCAAAGAAGCACAAAGCGGAUAAUAAUUGUGAUGGAGUACGGCAAGCGUUUACCAAGGUAGAUAAAUUGUCUCAAUAUGAUCCACAAAAGUCAAUUGAUGAUCAGAAAUUCAUGCACCUGAUGAAAGAGAAAGUUGGGUUAGGAGCUGAACCAGUUGGUGGUGUCGGUAAUGAUGUGAAUAGUUCGGAUGGAGAAGAGAAACCAGUUGAUCCGAAUGCACUUCGAUAUACAACCAACUCUCCCACCGAGAGAUAUCUUCUCAACGCGGCUCGAUUCCGUCAUAUUUGGUUAGGAUUUGUUGGCGAACAAGAAAAUGAGAGCAGACACGAGCAACAUUCUGAUACUAUUUUUUGGACUUUGAAACUAUCAUUCAAAAAACAAACCGCGGACGGAGGUAUAGAAGUAUUCGAAAAGAUAGUUAACAAUAUUCCUGAAACAAUUCGAGUAGCAACAGUUUUGAAGCAAUUCUUCAAACCCCGCCAAUAUGGAUGCAUUGUCUCUGAAAGCGACCUCGACGUUGAGAAGCUCAAGCCGUUUAUUGAUCGCGGAAUUGACGAUGUCAACGUUUAUAUGGAAGUUCACGCAAAUCCAGAACGAUACUACGGAAUUAUUACUGAUAGCACCAUUCUUGAAAUGACAAGAACUCGAGUCGUUGCAGAUUUUCCAAAAUUAGUAAUUACUAUGAAGGACGAAUUUAUUGAAAGUAUGCAGUUAUUGUCUAUGGAAGAACUUGCUGAGAUUCAAACCAAAUACGGAGGUGUAGGAAAUCAAAGAUUCGGAGGCGGCGGUAGAGGACGUGGUGGUAGAGGCUUUCAUCGCGGAGGCGCCAAUCGAGGUGGAGGAGGCUCGAAUCAUAAUAUCUUCAGAAAAAGACCAGGACAAGAUGGAGGUCAAGACGGUGGUUUCAAGCGUGGACGCGGCGGAAAUUUCCACGGAGGAAGCCGAAGAGGUGGAUAUCAGAACCGCACCCAUCAGAAUAUCGAUACCUUCGACCCAUUCGAGCCCUUCUCCGGACCAAAUCGACUUCCUAUGGAGUACAAUUGAUUUGUUUUUUUUGUUGAAAUAUUUGGUACAUUUUGUUGAAUUUUAUUCGUUUUUAUCCAUUUUUUGUACAACGUUGUUACACUUGUUAUUUCUACAUUUUUCAAUUUUUUUUUUAUAAAACAUGAAUGUUAG